GAGCGCCUCUCAUAUAUCCGGCUCCGCUCACCAACCCCACCAACUCUUAUCUUCCUCCACUCAUCUACCCAGCACUCCCCAGAAUGACCGUCGUCGCUUCGACUCCCUCCGGCCACGGCCAGACCGUCUGCGUCACCGGCGCCGGUGGCUUCAUUGCCUCUUGGCUCGUGAAGCUCCUCCUGGAGAAGGGCUACACCGUCAAGGGAACCGUCCGAAACCCAGAUGAUCCGAAGAAUGCGCAUUUAAAAGCUCUGGAAGGGGCGAAGGAGAGGCUGAUCCUCUGCAAGGCAGAUCUUCUCGACUUUGACGCGCUGCGGGCGGCCAUCGACGGCUGCCAUGGCGUCUUCCACACCGCUUCCCCGGUCACCGACGACCCAGAGAAAAUGGUAGAGCCGGCGGUGAGGGGGACCAAGUAUGUGAUCAACGCCGCCGCCCAUGCUGGCACCGUCCGCCGCGUGGUGUUCACCUCCUCGAUCGGUGCCGUGACCAUGGACCCGAACCGCGGCCCCGAUGUGGUCGUCGACGAGUCGUGCUGGAGCGACCUCGAGUACUGCAAGAACACCAAGAAUUGGUAUUGCUACGGGAAGGCCGUGGCGGAGCAGGCGGCGUGGGAGACGGCGAAGGAGAGUGGGGUGGAGGUGGUGGUGGUGAACCCGGUGCUGGUGAUUGGGCCGCUGCUGCAGGGGACGGUGAACGCGAGCACCGUGCACGUGAUGAAGUACCUCGACGGCUCCGCCAAGAAGUACGCCAACGCGGUGCAGGCGUACGUGGACGUGCGGGACGUGGCUCUGGCGCACCUCCUGGUCUACGAGGCGCCCGGCGCCGCCGGCCGCUACCUCUGCGCCGAGAGCGUCCUCCACCGCGAGGACGUCGUCCGCCUCCUCGCCAAGCUCUUCCCCGAAUACCCCGUCCCCACCAAGUGCUCCGACGAGGUAAAUCCUCGAAAGCAGCCAUACAAGUUCUCAAACCAGCGGCUCAAGGACCUUGGCCUCCCAUUCACGCCAGUGACUCAGAGCCUCUAUGAGACUGUAAGGAGCCUCAAGGAGAAAGGGCACCUCUAGAUCAUCUCUUGAUGCUGCUUGCUUGCUACAGAGGAGUGUAGGCACAUAAAACUCCAAGAAAACCCCCAACCUACUGCACUACAAAUAUGUAAAGAAUGAUGUUCUCUUACAUCAUCGUUGUUCCUUGUAUUCCAACUAGUAGGUGCAUCAUGUUUCUAAAGCCCCCUCAAGAGUUCAAGCUUGGAUUAAAUGAAGAUCAGAUUUUUGUUUAUUUA